CGGGAGGGGAGAGGCGCGGCCCGGGACGGGGCGGUGGUCGAAGACGAGGGGUGGGGGGGUGAAGGUCAGAGGUCAGGCCCGGGAGGCCACCGGAGAGACCGUCUCCGGGGAGAUGUCACCGCUCCAGCGGGGGCGCCGGGACGGACUGAGAGCGGGUGACCCGGGGGCUGGGGAAGGGGCGCAAGGGGGGGCAGGGGCCCAGGAGAGAGGUGACCCCCUCUUUAUUCUCUCCCCCUAGCCCCCUGCCCUCCUCCCCGCCCCUCGCCGCCCCCGCCCCCGGCCAGGCGGGGACAUGUCCUCUCCGGCCAGGCAGGAGGGCUGCGGGGGCUCCGGCCUGCUGCGGGGGAGCCGGACCCGCUCCUACGGGAGCCUGGUGCAGUCGGCCUGCUCGCCCGCGAGGCAGCGGCUCCUGCAGCACCGCCUGGAGCCCGGCGACACCUUGGCCGGGCUGGCGCUCAAGUAUGGGGUGACGAUGGAACAGAUCAAGCGAGCGAACCGCCUUUACACCAACGAGUCCAUCUUCUUGAAGUCGAGCCUCACCAUCCCAGUGCUCACCCAGCCCCGCGGGCUGCUUCACGGACUGGACUCGGACUCAGAGGAGGAGGAGAAGGAGGAGGCGGCGGCGGCGACGGGGCCGGGGGUCGAGGCCGGGUCCAAGGAGGAAGGUCCGACCGCCGGCCAGGCUAACGGGGACAGCCCCCAGCCCACCCACGACCUCUCGGCCUCCGAUUUCCUCAAGAAGCUGGACUCCGAGAUCAGCCUGUCCAAAAAGGCGGCCGCCAGGAAGCUGAGGAGGGGGGAGGGCAGGAUCCCCGGAGAAGCAGCCCGUCCCGUGAGCCCCAGCUCGCCCCAGACCCAGCGGCAGCAGCAGCAGCAGCAACAGCAGCGGGCUCUCCUGGGUCCCGUCCCCCUGACCCGGACCUCCCGGACCGCCUCCCUUCGAGACCAGGAGGAUGAAAUCUUCAAACUCUGACCCGGGGGCAGGGGGGGGCGGGGCGCUUCCCCCAGCCCCCCAACCCUCUGCACUGCCCCCACCCUCUCUUCCUCCCCUAAUUUAUCUGGUGCUAUGUUGGUGAUAUUUAUUUGGUUUGUGUCUUGUUCCCCGCCCCCCACCUCCACAUAUCUGGGCCAGCAGAGGCGUCGGCCAAGGGGGGGUGACGGGGUGGUCACGGCCCCCGACCCCCUGGGCUGGAUGCAUCUGUCUGCGGAGAUCCCCCCACCCCCGGCCCCUGGCCCUAUUCCAAAAGCAAGCGGAGGAGGAGGCGGCAUCCAUCCACGGUGGCGGCGGCCCACCCCGUCUCCAGCCCCCGGAGGGGCUUCCAGCCCCCUGGGUGCAGAGGGGACGCCACACUGCUCCCUUUCCCGAGCGGGCGGGGGUCCCGCGGGAGCCCCUGCCGCCUGGGUUGCCGGAUGCGGGGGAGCUGGGGGCCACCCCUCCCCAGGUCGGGCCGGGCCUGGAAGGCAUUAAACAGCCAGCCUGGGCCGGG